UGAAGUCUAAACUGAUGUCUGCCUUAUUCUCUCGUCUGCUGAACUCGUGAAACAUGUAACAGUUUUCUGUUUCUGCUUCAUGAUACAAUCUUAUCCUCAGUGUCAAUAAUCAUUUUGAGAGAACAGUUUAGAAAAUAAGACAACUUUCAUUGCACUUUUAUUUUUUUUUGGCAAUCAAUCUGCGCAUCUUUCCCUGAUCGUUUCAGACAGUCCUGUUCGUGGGUCGUGGCAGGUAUCCGCAUGCGUCGUCCUCAAACAAUUGAUGCCGUGAGCUGUUCUCAGAUUUUUAAAUAGGCUUACCUUUUAUAUUUUAUCUGGACAUGUUAUUUCUCCCAAAGGCCCGCGGCAUUUGAAGGUUGGGCUCCUGUUGAGGGUGGUCAGAGAUAGAGUCACACCGCUACGUCUAGUACUGAGAAGAGUGGCCAAGUUCCAAUACACGGACUGGUGUAUCUAGGUAGGGUGGUCCAGCCCAGGCUCCAGGCUAUGUCUCCCUGGCUGUGGGAGAGCUAUUCCAUGCUGAGUUGAAAGGGACCUGCUUGGCUGGGGAAUACGGGAACAGACAUGGGGCUGGGACAGUCCAACAAGGCUCCUGUCACCGAUGACACAGAGGAGAUUAAUUUCGAUCACUUCCAAAUCUUAAGGGCUAUCGGGAAAGGAAGUUUCGGGAAGGUGUGCAUUGUGCAGAAAAAGGACACAAAGAAAAUGUACGCCAUGAAGUACAUGAACAAACUGAAGUGUGUGGAACGGAACGAGGUCCGCAAUGUCUUCAAGGAGAUGCAGAUCAUGCGGAACCUCGAGCAUCCCUUCCUUGUCAACUUCUGGUACUCAUUCCAAGACGAGGAGGACAUGUUCAUGGUAGUGGACCUGUUGCUGGGAGGAGACCUACGCUAUCACCUCCAGCAGAAUGUUCACUUCUCAGAGAACACUGUCAAGCUGUACAUCUGUGAGAUCGCCCUGGCGCUGGGCUACCUCCGUAGCAAACGCAUCAUCCACAGAGACAUCAAACCUGACAACAUUCUGCUGGACGAAUAUGGACAUUGUCACCUGACAGACUUCAACAUCGCUGCCAUCGUCAAAGACGAUCUAAGAGCCACAUCUAUCGCAGGGACAAAACCAUACAUGGCCCCGGAGCUGUUUCAGCCACACGAGGGGACACAUCCUGGCUACUCCUUCUCUGUGGACUGGUGGUCUCUGGGUGUCACUGCCUACGAGCUGCUGCGAGGACAGAGGCCGUACAUCAUGCGUUCCAGCAUGCCGGCCAAUGAGAUCCUCCAGAUGUUCCACAAGGUCAACCCCAGCUACCCCAUGGCCUGGUCUCUGGAGAUCAAGUCUCUGCUCAGAAAGUUGCUGUGUAUUGACGUGCACCAGAGAGUGUCCUGCCUGGCUGAGCUACAGGAACUGGACCUGCUGUCUGACGUCAACUGGGACUCCGUGCUCAACAAACAGCUUCCCCCCGGCUUCAUCCCCAACAGGCGGAGGCUCAACUGCGACCCCACCUUUGAGUUGGAGGAGAUGAUUCUGGAGUCUAAACCGCUGCACAAGAAGAAGAAGAGACUAGCCAGGAAGACCAGAGAGCAGGGUUCUGACGGGUCCCCCCAGAACGGUCAGCUCCAACAGCGCCUGGACAAUGUGGAGAGGGACUUCCUCAUCUUCAACAGAGAAAGGUCAAAGAAAGCUGUAGUGGGAACAGAAGCAACAGGCCUCACCACGACAGAGAAGAACAAGGCUAUUGAAGACGGACAGAACAACAACGUGGACCCGGCAGCCUACAUAUCAGGAUAGUGGACUACGGCUUUAGCCCGAAGUCGCUACGUGUAGCUGGCCCCAGCUUGUAGAUCAACACCCAAUCUCCCACUCUCCCUCUGCCGCCGGCCGGUGUAGGCACUCAGAUUGACCUUUAACCUUGACACAUUCCCCAACAGCCAGCCACUAUACCCAGACUGCUGGAGGUCACAUAAACUACUACUUUACAGAGUGAGUGGCACCUGACCUAGAGCAGACAGACAGACCCUGACUCGUUCUUCUUUUCCUAGCCCAGGGAUGUGGCCUCUCAGUGGUCACCCCUUCUUACACUCUGCCCUACCCUGACUUGGUCUGACUUGGCCUGAUGCACCAUGAUCCCCUGGAGCUCCCCUCCCUCCACCAAGUCAGCCAGGCCCAGAAAAUGAUUUGCCUGCCAACCCAGCAGGAAGCAGAGACAGACAGGAUACAGCCACCAUGCCUGCUAAGCUGAGGCUAGGCUCAGUCCAGGAAGAAAAUGAAGCCUGAUGUUGACAAAUAGGAUACUAUGUCUGCAGUACAUGAAAACAGAGAAAGGGGGUGUAAGUUGCCUCACAAAAAAUGAAUAAUAAUUAGAGAUGAGAUAUACUGCCUUUGUUUUCAAGACACCAACCACAGAUUCCUCUUGGAAUACAAAGGGAACCACUGACUUCAGCAGAGACAGAGUUUACUUAAUGAGUCUCUGUGAUGACGUUAGGCAUCACUUGUGCCUCUCAAGCGAACCAAGAUGAUGGGUACUUGACAUGGACAUUUGGGAUAUAAAUAUUUAUAGAUAAAUAGAUAUUUAUUGUCUGUUCCGCACAUAAAAUAGCUUUGCACACGCUUCUCCAUUAAUCGUCGAGGUCAAAGUGUUCUCUUCUGUUUAAUAUAGGGGUGCCGUAUAGCUCCUACUGUAUAUGACACCUGAUUGGCUUCCCCAUGCAGACAAUGAUAAUCAUAUAUGUAGUCUCACCAUCCUGUUGUUCAAUAUGUGCUUGGAAAAUAGCUUUGCCAGUCUUUUGACCCUUUCUGCAAUACAAUGACAUAUUAUCCAAGGCUUUCUCUGUCCCAGGUUAUCAGAUCUCCUAUUGGCACCUUUAUAACAACCAUUAUCGGUACAGAUAUUGUAAUUAUUGUAGGUUUUGAUAAAUGUAUGUCAUUCAAGGGCCCAAUGAAAGCAGAGUUGUAAGAUGAGUUCUCUAUUUGGUUUUUCAUUUGUUGUCACUGUGUGGACUAUUACCUGUAAAUGUG